ACGUGUCUGGUUUUACCCGUCAUGUUUGUCGACGUUGAGUCAUAACUCCUAUUGUUAUAAUGAUCUAUUGUGAUAACUUGAGGAUCGAUUUCAUAUAUUUGAUAUCCUCCCUAUCAUGAAGGUCAGAAUUGGCCUUCUGGUCCUAUUGGGGUCUCUAACUGUGUACGGACUCGGCGCACAUUCCGAGGGAGGCCUUCAUGGAAUGUCCGUGUCCGUGGCUCUCAACAAGAAAACGCAUGCUAACCCUGUCUUGUCCGAACCGGUCAGUGGUCAGAGAAUAAGACUUGGUAACUAUGGCGACGGUCCAGGUGACUUAGGGCGAGGUGUACUUGAAGUGUACAGAGCGGGAAGAUGGGGACUUGUUUGCGAUGACAACUGGAGUUUACCUAACGCUCACGUGGCAUGCAGGGAGCUAGGCUUCACGCUUGGUGCUCGACGUGCUGUUGACACUAGUGACCACCCGAUAGGGCCCUGGUCUGAUGACUCGUUCGUACUGGACGAUGUCAGUUGCCGUGGUAACGAGGGUUCUCUGUUGGAGUGUGGCUACACGUCACAACACAACUGUCACGUGUUCGAGGCAGUGUCCAUCGUCUGCCAACCAAAUCAAGGUUGUGGAGGAAGCUGGGUAGCUGGACCUACGGUAUGCUACUUAAUGAAAACUCAUCCACGUGUCAGGGUAUUCUCGGCUGACGAAAUGUGCUAUACACUUGGAGGCUAUUUGGCGAAUGUCGACAGCAUUCUUGAGAACGAUUUCCUGUCAACAACCCUGCAGACACUUUAUCCUGAAAGGAAAACUUGGAUGAUUGGAGGAAAGUACCAGUCCAAUAAGUGGAUAUGGAAAACGUUGCAAAGAAAGAAAAAGAACGGUAGAAGGAAAACAGAAAAAUGGAAGAAAAAACUAAGAAGAAAACAAAGAAGAAAAAAGAUGCAUAAUAAACUCAAUAGGAAACAAAUCAGGAAAAAACGAGACAAAAACAUAUUAGAAGAAAAAGACAUGGACCUAACAGUCUGGUUUCCGGGAUGGAUGCCCUCCCUCGUUAAUCGGGAGCCCUCCUCGACUCCAGGACAUGAAUGUGUAGCCUUGUCCAGACAAUACACUCUUCCUAAUGGGUCCGUGGAGAACGUCUCAUACUACUACUGGAAGGCAGUGGAAUGCAUCAACGCGGAAGGCUUGCUGAGCUUUAUAUGUGAAAAACCCCGGCAAUACACCUCUGGCGGAACCAACCAGGAAUGUUAUACGGAUACCGGCGAGGAAUACAGAGGCAAUGUACACGUCACAAAGGACGGGCUACCUUGUCAAAAUUGGACCUUGUCUAGGACCACAAAUCUGGACACCAACUCUGACAGGGGACUUGGUAACCACAACUUGUGUAGAAACCCAGAUGGUGACGUCAGUCCUUGGUGCUGGACGAACGUCACCACAGAAGAAUUUGCAUAUUGUGCCAUACCACAAUGUCAUAUAAGAAAUUCGUCUAAAUCACGACAAGUGGUACAGGAGUGUCCAAAAGGCCAGUUCUACUGUCAUAAGAGCUCACAAGGGAGGUGCAUAGCGUCCAUGUACCAGUGUGAUGGAGAGACCGACUGUGAACAUUCGGAGGACGAAACUGGAUGUGACUAUAUUUUACCGAGGUUUACAAAGAGUGAAAAUAUGUUAUCAAAGGCCACUGUCCGGAAAACAUUUGGUACCAUACCUAUCGAACUUUGUGCUAAACUUUGUUACGAAGAAAAGAAAUUCACGUGUAAAUCAUUUUCUUAUCGAAAAACGUGGAAAUACUGCUACCUAUCGCCAGAAGAAGAUCCUGUCGACAGCCGGUCAUCUAGUGCUGACUACGACAUGUACGUGCUGAAAACAACAUGAACAUGCAUAUGACGUCAUCGGAGUUAAAUCAACAAAAUAAUCUUCGGUUAUUUUAAAAUAUUGAAAUUUCUGGUGAAAUAGAUGUACAAAAGAUACACAGGUGAUUCACGACUUUUAACAUAAAUUAACCAUAGAAUAAAUAUUUAGACCUGCUUUGUUCGUCAGUGAUGGCAGGGACCCAAGUGUGUGGAAUUCCAGAAGCAAAAAAGAAAAGAAAAAAUAAUGGACCUUAAACAAUUAUAUCGGCCUGGCCAUAUGACACACACUCAGUUAUUACGUCAUGUCACGAUAUAUUGAAGUACAGCCGUUUUAUUUCUCCUUUGUGUAUUCUAAAUUUAUUGUACAGUAUGUAUUUAUUUAUUAUAGAUGCAUUAAAGUACAUAUAUAUAUACAUAUUCCUCACAAAUUACCAUAUUAAUCUCUAAUUGAGAUAAUAAAUACAAAUAUAUCACAACUAUCCACAUCAAUCUUUUACUGUGGUAUAAUAUUCACAAGAUUCCUAUAAAUACUUUAUUUUUUCGUUAUGCGCCAUACAUGAUCUGUUCAGAAUAUUCAAAAUUAUCCAUUAAAAUAUCUCUUUAUGUCGUUUGAUGUGACAAGCAUCCUGGAAUCUUUCUGUGAAUCCCGAAUUAUAAUUUUGGUAUUCUUCAAACACAAAUGUUCACAAUAAUUCAUAAGAUUCAUAAUCAUACUUUUUUAUGUUCAUCAUACAUAUUCUUAAUAUAUAUUGUAUAUUUACAGACAUCUAUAUCAUAUUUAUAGCUUUGUGUUCAUCCUACUUAAUCUUUGAACCAGCCAUUCACAUUAAUCACUAACUAUGAAUUUAUGUUACAUAUAUUGAUACUAAUUCCAAAUUGAGGCUUGAUGGUUAUCCGUUCACAUACCAGUAAAGAUAAAAAUACUUAAUUAUCUUAAUGAUAUUUUGAUUCAGUUACCACUUAUACAUAUAUAUAACAUAUACGAGCUACAAACAUUUUCACAUCUUUCAUCUUUGUCUACACACAGGAAAAUGGUGUUCUGUAAUGAAAAUAAUUAUAUAGCAGCAAUAAAAUCAUAUUUUCAUUAAUAUAUGAUUAAAAAAAUCAUACAACGUCGGAUUCCUAUGGUUUGUAUAACAAUUUAUACAUACUUGUGGAUACAUCAAGUUUGGGUUACUGUUUUCCACGUAAUAUUAUAUCUGAAUUGUUGAAUACGUGAACAUUUGGCUUGCCUUUAUAAAACAUAAACAG